AUGGUACAUCGGCAUGGUGACCGAGCCCCAAUACCGUUGACAAUACAAUACAUUGGUAAUUCUCAGGAAGUAUUGGAACUCACAAAUAAAUAUGGCUAUGGACAACUUACUGAUGCAGGCCGAUUAUGUGGCUACAAACUGGGCAAGUAUAUACGCCGGCGAUACGGCAGCUUACUAUCAACCCGUUAUAACAAAACAGAGAUAUACAUACGUUCCACUGAUUCUACGAGAACUAAAAUGACCGUACUUGCUGCCAUGGCUGCUGUGUAUCCAGCAGGGGAGGAUAAUUGGAGUAAUGAUGUGAAUUGGACACCAGUACCAUAUACAACAUUACCUGUUAAAUAUGAUGACUUGCUGGCCGUAUUUAACUGUCCAGUCUUUAUAAAUGAGUACAAAAGGAGACAAGAAAAUCCCCUUCCAGGAUUGGCCAAAUAUAAAAAUCUUAUGACGGAGCUGUCUGACGUUCUCGGUGUCAACAUUACUAAGAAGUCCUCUACAUUUUACUUCAUGUACGACGCUUUUACCAGUCAGAAGGGUCUAGGAAUCCCUCUCAUCCCAAGGAUAGAAGAACUUCUGCCUAACAUAGCAAUUGCUGCCGGGGAAUCUUUAGAAUAUAUCUUUGGGAAUAAAAAUUAUUUAAGUCUACAAGCAGGUGUUCUUCUUAAAGAAUUUGACCGCGAAGUUGAUAAAUUGCUUAAAGGAAAGGAUAUACCUCGGAUCCGUGUAUACUCUGCCCAUGACAUAACCGUGUUUCAAUUUGCCUCUAUCUUGGGCAUCUCUCCUCCUAUAGGAGUGCCAAAGUAUGGGGCAUUAUUGUCUUUGGAACUUCGAAGAGAUGUUGAAACUGGGCAGUAUAUCGUAGUGCCCGUAUACCUCAAAGACCCUGACGCAGAAGAGAUUUAUCUCCACAUUGCUGGAUGUGACGAAUUCUGUGACCUGGACAGCUUCAGAAACCUGACUUCUAAAUACAUGCUAGAAGAGAAAGAGUGGCGGCAACUGUGUGAAUAUCAUGAAGACUUCGAAAUUGAUUCAUCACCAAUUGAUUGA